CCUCUUCACUUCUCUACUACGAAAUCCAUCAAAUGCGUUGAGAAAAGAAGCAGCAGAUCUAUUUCCCUCGAUCGCCCCACAGUGGUUAGAACUAAUUAGUCAUCAAUCUUUCCCUCCACAUUCUUUGCAUUCAUUUUGCUGUUCUUGAUUCUACAGUAAUUCUUGGAUCUUGUUCUUGCAUUUCAAUUGUUACAAAUUUGUUGACUUGUACUGACUGAAUUUGAUAACCAAAUGGUUUUUGAAUUAUGGUGACGAUACUUGAUCUACUUCUUUGUUUAGCGAAUUGUAUUUGAAGUUCGGAAACGAUAGUUGAUCUAGUGUUAUUGUUUAGCAUAUCGUAAGAAUUGUACUUUGGUUUUAUUGGAGCCUGAUGAAUUUUGAAGUUAAAGGUUCAAUUAGGUAAAUUUGUGAUGGAAUUAACGAGUUUCUUUUGGAUGAUUUCUGCAGGCAGCUAUUGAAAUUUUAAUUUUUGACUGGGAUUCGGAGUUGGAGGUAGAUCUGCUUUGAAGUAAGAGCCGAAUUGUUACAGUAAAGAUGGCGGCGACUGUAGGUUGGGCGUAUUCUUCCAGCAGCAAUGGCAGCAGUCUUGCCACUAAUGAUCUGGAAAGGAGUGGGGAUAUUAGACCUCAUGACACAGAACCUAUAACUCCGCACUCCCUUAUAAAGAUGAGUUCAAGAGGGGGCAAUAACAUGGAGGAUCCCGAUGGGACAUUAGCAAGCGUUGCCCAAUGCAUCGAGCAGUUGCGGCAAAAUUCAUUAUCUGCACAAGACAAAGAGUUUAACUUGAGGCAGUUACUAGAGCUGAUAGAUACACGUGGAAAUGCAUUUAGUGCUGUUGGUUCUCAUUCUCAGGCAGUUCCAGUAUUGGUGUCUCUUCUACGAUCAGGGUCACUUGGAGUAAAGUUGCAAGCAGCUACGGUUUUGGGCUCAUUAUGCAAGGAGAAUGAACUACGGGUCAAAGUAUUGCUUGGGGGUUGCAUUCCUCCCCUUCUCGGUCUUCUUAAGUCGAGUUCAGUGGAAGGGAGAAUUGCAGCUGCAAAGACCAUAUAUGCUGUUUCUCAAGGUGGAGCCAAAGAUCAUGUUGGCUCCAAAAUCUUUUCCACUGAAGGGGUUGUGCCAGUGUUGUGGGAGCAACUACAAAAGGGGCUCAAGGGUGGACAUUUAGUUGAUGAUUUGUUGACUGGUGCUUUAAGAAAUCUUUGCAGCAGCACCGAAGGGUUUUGGUCUGCAACAAUCCAAGCUGGAGGAGAAGAUAUACUUGUAAAGCUACUUACAGCUGAGCAAUCUAGUACCCAAGCAAAUGUUUGCUUUCUACUGGCUUGCAUGAUGAUGGAGGAUGCAUCUGUUUGUUCGAGGAUAGUGGAUGCUGAGGCUACAAAACUACUACUAAAGCUGUUAGGGCCUGGUAAUGAAGCUCCAGUGAGAGCACAAGCAGCAGCAGCUCUAAAAUCUCUUUCAGCUCAGUGCAAAGAAGCAAGGAGAGAGAUUGCCAGUUCUAAUGGUAUUCCUUCUCUUAUCAAUGCUACAAUAGCUCCUUCAAAGGAAUUUAUGCAAGGUGAGCAUGCCCAAGCUCUACAGGAAAAUGCAAUGUGCGCUCUUGCAAAUAUCUCUGGAGGCUUGUCCUAUGUCAUCUCAAGCCUUGGUCAAAGCCUUGAAUCAUGCACUUCACCUGCACAGAUAGCUGAUACAUUAGGAGCUUUGGCCUCUGCUCUUAUGAUAUAUGACAGCAAAGCAGAAACUAGUAAAGCAUCGGAUCCCCUGGAUGUUGAGUUGACACUAGUUAAGCAGUUUAAGCCUCGUUUGCCAUUUCUAGUUCAGGAACGCACUAUAGAAGCUCUUGCAAGUUUGUAUGGAAAUACUACACUCUCAAGCAAACUUGCUAAUUCUGAUUCAAAACGUUUGUUGGUUGGUUUGAUCACAAUGGCAACCAAUGAAGUUCAGGAUGAGUUGAUAAGAUCCCUACUUAUUCUUUGCAACAAUGAAGGUAGUUUGUGGCAUGCUCUUCAGGGUCGUGAGGGAAUUCAGAUGUUGAUUUCUCUUCUUGGGCUCUCAUCAGAGCAGCAACAGGAGUGUGCUGUUGCAUUGCUUUGCCUUCUGUCUAAUGAGAAUGAUGAAAGCAAAUGGGCCAUCACCGCUGCUGGUGGCAUACCCCCACUUGUUCAAAUUCUUGAGACUGGAUCUGCAAAAGCCAAGGAAGAUUCUGCAACAAUUCUUGGUAACCUCUGUAAUCACAGUGAAGAUAUACGAGAAUGUGUUGAGAGUGCUGAUGCUGUUCCCGCCUUGUUGUGGCUGCUGAAGAAUGGAAGCUCAAACGGGAAAGAGAUUGCGGCAAAGACUUUAAACCACUUAAUUCACAAAUCAGACACGGCAACAAUAAGUCAACUUACUGCAUUGCUAACCAGUGAUCUUCCUGAAUCAAAGGUUUAUGUUUUAGAUGCUUUAAAAAGUCUGCUGUCUGCAGCCCCACUUACAGAUUUAUUGCGUGAAGGUAGUGCUUCGAAUGAUGCAAUUGAGACGAUUAUUAAGAUUUUAAGCUCUACAAAAGAAGAGACUCGCGCCAAGUCCGCGUUGGCUCUUGCUGGAAUUUUUAAUGCGCGAAAGGACUUGCGCGAAAGCAGCAUCGCUGUUAAGACUCUUUGGUCUGUGAUGAAGCUCCUAAAUUCUGAAUCUGAGUGCAUACUGGCAGAGUCAUCUGGAUGCCUUGCUGCAAUAUUUUUAUCUAUAAGAGAGAACCGUGAUGUUGCGGUUGUUGCUAGGGAUGCGAUGACUCCAUUGCUGACGCUUGCAAACUCUUCAGUUCUGCAAGUUGCAGAACAGGCUGUAUGUGCGUUAGCGAACCUUUUGUUGGACUCUGAAGUUUCAGAGAAGGCUGUUCCUGAGGAAUUUAUUAUUCCUGCUACUAGAGUUCUGCAUGAAGGUAAGGCGACAGGAAGGACCCAUGCCGCAGCAGCGAUUGCUCGACUUCUUGACUCACGUCAAACAGAUUCUGCCUUAACAGAUUACGUAAAUCGCACUGGAACAGUUCUUGCACUGGUAUCUUUCAUCAAAUCCACUAAUUGUGGAUCUGUUGCCAUGUCAGAGACGCUAAAUGCACUUGCUAUUUUAUCCAGAUUGAAAGGAUCAUCAGGGCACAUCAAACCUGCAUGGGCAGUGCUAACUGAAUAUCCAGAUAGCAUAAGCCCCAUCGUUUCAUGCAUUGCUGGCGCGACUCCUCUCUUACAAGACAAGGCAAUAGAAAUUUUGUCAAGGCUUUGUCAUGCACAGUCUGUAGUUCUAGGAAAUGCCAUCACAAAUAUCUCUGGUUGCACUGCAUCUAUUGGAAGUAGGGUAAUUCUUUCCUCAAAUGAAACAGUGAAAAUUGGUGGAACUGCACUUCUUGUUUGUGCCACAAAAGUAAAUAUUCAACGAGUUGUGGAGGAUCUCCAUGAACUACAAUUGCAUGCCCGUCUUAUUCAAUCCCUUGUCUUAAUGCUAAGUUUGCCAAAAUCUUCUCAUUUGGGAGACACAGAGGAUAGAGAUUUUAUUAGUAUCUGCCGAGGUUCUGAAGAAGCUGAAAAAGAGACCAGUACAUCUGUUAUAUACAGCACUAAUAUCGCGAUAUGGCUACUAUCAGCUCUUGCUAGUCAUGAUGACAAAAGUAAAGUUGAAAUUAUGGAGGCUGGAGCUAUAGAAAUUCUGACUGAGAGGAUCUCUCAGUGUUUGUCACAGUAUGGUCAGUUUGAUGUUAAUGAGGAUAGCAGCAUCUGGAUAUGUGCAUUACUACUAGCAAUUUUGUUUCAAGACAGAGAUAUUAUACGUGCAAACACGACGAUGAAAGCCAUACCUACCCUUGCUAGCUUGUUGAGGUCAGAGGAGUCGGCAAAUAGGUAUUUUGCUGCACAAGCUACUGCAAGUCUAGUCUGCAACGGAAGCAGGGGAACACUUUUGUCUGUUGCCAACUCAGGGGCUGCAAUCGGUCUCAUUUCAUUGCUUGGAUGUGCUGAUGCUGAUAUAAGCGAUCUUUUGCAGUUGUCAGAAGAAUUUUCUUUGGUUCCCUAUCCAGAGCAGGUAGGUCUUGAGAGGUUGUUCAGAGUUGAUGAUAUUAGGGUUGGUGCUACUUCUAGGAAGGCAAUACCUGCUCUUGUCGAUCUACUCAAGCCAAUCCCAGAUCGUCCAGGGGCACCUUUUCUGGCACUUGGGCUUCUGAUUCAGCUUGGAAAUGACAGUCCCUCAAAUAAGAUUGUUAUGGUUGAGUCUGGUGCUUUGGAAGCAUUAACAAAGUAUCUUUCACUAGGUCCCCAAGAUGCCACCGAAGAAGCUGCUACUGAUUUACUGGGAAUCCUAUUUAGCACCGCUGAAAUACGGAGACAUGAGUCUGCAUUUGGUGCUGUCAGUCAGCUUAUAGCGGUCUUACGGUUGGGUGGAAGGGGUGCAAGAUAUAGUGCUGCUAAAGCACUGGAGAAUCUAUUUUGUGCUGAUCACAUUAGAAAUGCAGAUUCUGCCAGGCAAGCUGUUCAACCCUUGGUGGAAGUUCUAAAUACUGGUUUGGAAAAGGAGCAGCAUGCUGCUAUUGCUGCACUGGUUAGGCUGCUCAGUGAUAACCCAUCAGGAGCCCUUGCUGUUGCAGAUGUUGAGCUGAAUGCAGUUGAUGUUCUUUGUAGGAUUCUUUCAUCAAAUUGUUCAAUGGACUUGAAAGGGGAUGCUGCCGAGUUGUGUUGUGUACUUUUUGGAAAUACAAGAAUCAGAUCGACAAUUGCUGCUGCUCGCUGUGUCGAGCCUUUGAUCUCCCUGCUCGUAUCUGAGUUAAGUUCUGCGCAGCAUUCAGUGGUCCGUGCACUGGAUAGACUCGUGGAUGAUGAAAAUUUGGCUGAACUAGUUGCUGCACAUGGUGCUAUAAUUCCCCUUGUAGGCCUUCUCUAUGGCAAAAAUUAUAUGCUUCAUGAGGCAAGUUCCAGAGCUCUUGUUAAGUUGGGAAAAGAUAGACCUUCCUGUAAGAUGGAAAUGGUGAAAGCUGGUGUGAUUGAGAGUGUACUUGAUAUCCUCCACGAAGCACCGGAUUUUCUAUGUGCUGCGUUUGCGGAAUUGCUACGGAUAUUAACGAACAAUGCUACAAUAGCGAAAGGUCCAUCUGCAGCAAAAGUUGUUGAACCCCUCUUCUUGUUGCUAACUAAACCAGAGUUUGGACCUGAUGGGCAGCAUAGUGCUUUGCAGGUUCUAGUGAAUAUCUUGGAGCAUCCACAGUGCCGUGCUGAUUAUACUUUAACUUCUCACCAAGCCAUUGAACCACUCAUUCCGUUACUGGAUUCUCCUGCUCCAGCAGUGCAACAGUUAUCAGCCGAGCUUUUAUCUCAUCUGCUUCUGGAAGAACAUUAUCAGAAAGAUCYUGUUUCACAGCAAGUAAUUGGCCCACUAAUGCGUGUUCUUGGUUCUGGUAUUCCCAUUUUGCAGCAAAGAGCUGUAAAGGCUCUUGUUAGCAUUGCACUAACUUGGCCUAACGAAAUUGCAAAAGAGGGUGGCGUAGCUGAACUGUCCAAAGUCAUACUGCUAGCUGAUCCGUCUCUUCCUCAUGCAUUGUGGGAAUCCGCUGCUGCUGUCCUUUCUAGUAUUCUGCAGUUCAGUUCUGAGUUUUAUUUGGAAGUACCUAUAGCGGUGUUGGUACGGUUGCUUCGGUCGGGCUCUGAAGGCACUGUAGUUGGUGCAUUAAAUGCUCUUCUAGUCCUGGAAAGUGAUGAUUCCAGCAGUGCUGUAGCAAUGGCUGAAAGUGGUGCAAUUGAGGCUCUUUUGGAACUCCUUAGAUGCCAUCAGUGUGAGGAAACUGCUGCAAGGCUUCUGGAAGUGCUAUUGAAUAACGUAAAGAUCAGAGAAACCAAAGCGACCAAAUCAGCUAUCCUACCACUAUCGCAGUACCUGUUGGAUCCACAAACACAAGCUCAACAGGCUAGAUUGUUGGCAACUCUUGCUCUUGGGGAUUUAUUCCAGAAUGAGACUCUAGCGCGAUCUGCUGAUGCUGUUGCUGCUUGCCGGGCUUUGGUGAAUUUGCUUGAGGAUCAACCUUCAGAAGAAAUGAAAGUUGUAGCUAUAUGUGCUUUGCAGAAUCUUGUGAUGUAUAGUCGCUCAAAUAAAAGAGCAGUCGCAGAAGCUGGAGGUGUUCAAGUCGUACUUGAUCUGAUUGGUUCAAGUGAUACCGAUACAUCAGUCCAGGCUUCAAUGUUUAUUAAGCUUCUCUUUUCUAACAACACCAUCCAAGAGUACGCCUCCAGCGAGACUGUCAGAGCUAUAACGGCUGCUAUUGAAAAGGAUUUAUGGGCUACUGGAACAGUAAAUGAGGAGUAUUUGAAAGCUCUAAAUGCACUUUUUGGAAACUUCCCACGAUUAAGAGCCUCCGAACCUGCAACCUUAAGCAUUCCACACUUGGUGACAUCUCUCAAGACUGGCUCAGAAGCAACUCAAGAAGCUGCAUUAGAUGCACUAUUUCUUCUGAGGCAAGCUUGGUCGGCAUGCCCAGCUGAAGUCUCUAGAUCCCAAUCAAAUGCUGCUGCAGAUGCGAUACCCUUGUUGCAGUACUUGAUACAAUCAGGUCCACCUCGAUUUCAGGAGAAGGCUGAAUUUUUGUUGCAGUGUUUACCCGGGACAUUAACAGUGAUAAUUAAACGCGGCAACAAUAUGAAACAGUCUGUGGGAAAUGCAAGUGUCUACUGUAAGCUUACACUCGGCAACACUCCUUCAAGACAAACCAAGGUUGUCUCAACAGGCCCUAAUCCCGAGUGGGAUGAGAACUUUGUUUGGUCCUUCGAAAGCCCUCCAAAAGGCCAGAAGCUACAUAUUUCAUGCAAAAAUAAAAGCAAGAUGGGGAAGAGUUCAUUUGGCAAAGUAACGAUACAGAUUGACCGAGUUGUGAUGCUGGGGGCGGUGGCUGGUGAAUACACUUUGCUGCCAGAAAGCAAAAGCGGUGCGUCAAGAAAUCUCGAAAUAGAAUUUCAAUGGUCAAACAAGUAACUUAUCGUUAAGCCAGCCAGCCGAGUUGUAUAUAAUUUUUGAAAGAUUUGAGCUUGUUCUAUUGUAGAUUUAAAAGUAUAGCUUCAAGAACAACCAUUUCUUGUCAUUCUGUUGUAACCUAGUUUGUAUUUCGUUCAUCGGAGGUUAUGAUCCGACCAACCGACAUGUGUUUGCUUGGCCUUUUUUUCGUUUGUUGGUUGUGAGAUAUGUGAAAUUUAUUCUUUAUGUGCCAAUUGCUUACAAUCACAACUUUUAUGUGUUAUAUAUUGUUUUAUGUUAUAUC